AUGAAACGUCAAUAUAUAUUAAUUGGUCUCAUUGCCAUUAUUUUUUUAGUAGUAACAUCAUAUGGUCAAGGUGGAAUUGAUCAUGAAUUAAUCUUGAAUGAUGAUAUUGACAAUGACACUAAUACUAGCACAACAAUAUCAUCAACGACUACAACAACAGCUGAUACAACAACAGCAACUGAUACAACAACAACAACAACAUCUAAUACAACUUCAACAACAACAACAACAAAUUCAACGGCUACUACUACAACAACGUCGUCAACAACUACAUCAAACAAUGGUACAACAACUACAACUACAAGUACAACAACGUCAUCAACAGCGUCGCCGACUACAAGUACAAGCACAACUACAUCAACGACAACAGAAUCGUCUACAACUUCAACUACGGCAAUACAACCGACAACAACAACAACUUCAGCUCCAGGUCGUAAAUUUGAUGGUCUUUCAUUUAUGGGUGGUAUAAUUCUUGCAGCUGGUCUUGGUGCAAUUGCAUUUAUAGUCGUACGUUAUUUACGUCGUAAUAAUCGAUAUGCAAAUAUACGUUAA